AUGAUUCUUCAAAAAUGGCUUUCCUCCCUUCUGGGUUGCAUUUUAGCCGCCCAGGGUGCUCUCGCAAUUACUCUCGACGUGGAUGAUGAAAGCUCCCUCAAAACCGCCGCCAAAACUGUCGCUGCUGAUAUGAUGGACUACUACAAUGACCGACAAUCCAAGGCUAUCCCCGGAAAACUUGAUGGGACUUGGUGGGAGGGCGGCUCAAUGUUCAUGAUCCUCAUUCAAUACUGGUUCUUGACCGGGGACAGCCAGUUCAACAGUGCAGUCCAGGAUGGCAUGUACUGGCAGAAGGGCGACGACAACUUUUUCCCCUCGAACUACAGUCAGUAUUUGGGUAACGAUGACCAAGUAUUUUGGGGUUUGGCAGCCAUGACGGCCGCAGAGCUGAAUUACCCGGAGCGAAGCGGCCAGCCCUCCUGGGUCUCGUUGGCACAGGGUGUGUUCAACACACAAGUGCCUCGCUGGGAUACCAGCAGUUGUCAUGGAGGAAUGCGCUGGCAGAUCUGGCCCUACCAGCCUGGAUAUACCACUAAGAACGCCAUUUCAAACGGUGGACUUUUUCAGCUGGCCGCACGUUUGGCUCUCUACACCAACAAUGCAACAUAUGCCACCUGGGCCGAACGUAUCUGGGACUGGAGUACAAGUACGCCAUUACUUCGCAGCAAUUGGGUCAUUGCAGACACUACCAGCUGUGAAUCACAAUGUACGGAUCAUGGCGACUAUCAGUGGACCUAUAAUUAUGCAACGUACAUCAACGGUGCCGCCUACAUGUUCAAUUAUACCAAUGGCAACCAAAAGUGGCUGGACGGCGUCGAUGGGUUGGUAGGUACAUCUGGUCAAUUCUACCCUUCAGGGAAGCCCUUCGGUAUCGACAACGGGACCAUUCUCAGCGAAAUCACCUGUGAACCAAUCGAGAAAUGUGACCGAAACCAGAUCACCUUCAGAGCUUACUUCUCAUCAUGGCUGGCUUUUAUGACCCUGAUCGUUCCCGGAACCUAUGAUCUGGUAAUGCCAAAGUUGAAGACCUCAGCCGCUGCGGCAGCUUUGUCUUGUACUGGCUUGACCGAUGGUUCACGCUGCGGUACCAAAUGGUAUACGGGAAGCUGGGACGGCACGGAUGGGCUUGAACAGCAGCUGGCUGUACUGGGUGUCCUCAAUGCAAAUCUAGUCCCUUUCAAAAAUAAGGCGCCCUUCACAGCCGACAACGGCGGAACGUCCAAGAGUAACCCAAGUGCCGGAACAAACAGCUCUGACAAUGAGAUACCUCGAUUGGACACGGUCCACACUGGCGAUCGAGCCGGUGCUGGAAUCUUGACCGUUGUCUUCGUCACUGGUUGGGCUGUUGCUAUCACAUGGAUGGUCCGAGGGGGUUAA